GGAGCCUGAGCACCCUCCAUCCUCUCCCCCCCCGCCCCCGCCCCCGGGGCCUACAGGGGGACGAGGCGAGCGGCUUGGGACGGAGCAGGGGGUGAGGAGACUCGGGAGCCCCCCUCGGAACCCCCAGUCGCCAGCACUGCCGGUCCAAGCCCAGAGUUCCGAGAGACCCGGAGCGCUGCGGAUACAAAGGCGCCGGGCCGAACCGAGCUCCUGCCGUGUCCAUCCGGCGGUUUGCAGCGGCGGGAGCGUCGCUUGAUUUUUCUCUGAGACAAGCCCACUCGUCCAGCAAAAUAGAGUCCCUCAGGGUGACAGUUGACUUCCUAAAGGUGCCUCUUGGCCUGAAGAAGCCGGUGCUGAGGGAGGUGGCUGUGGGGCCCCCCAAGCGGCCCCAGCCUGCGGCCCUGGAGCGUUACAAGGCGCGGCGUUCAGACGCCAUGGACACCGAGUCCCAGUACUCGGGCUAUUCCUACAAGUCGGGCCACUCCCGCAGCUCCCGCAAGCACAGGGACCGCCGGGACCGACACCGCUCUAAGAGCCGCGAUGGGAGCCGUGGAGACAAGUCAGUGACAAUCCAGGCUCCAGGAGAGCCCCUGCUAGACAAUGAGUCCACGCGGGGGGAUGAGCGGGAUGACAACUGGGGGGAAACAACGACGGUUGUCACGGGCACCUCAGAGCACAGCAUCUCCCACGAUGACCUCACGCGCAUUGCCAAGGACAUGGAGGACAGUGUCCCGCUGGACUGCUCUCGCCACCUGGGUGUGGCGGCAGGGGCCACUCUGGCGCUGCUGUCUUUCCUCACCCCACUGGCUUUCCUGCUGCUGCCCCCGCUGCUGUGGCGGGAUGAGCUGGAGCCGUGCGGGACAGCCUGCGAGGGCCUCUUCAUCUCCGUGGCCUUCAAGCUGCUCAUCCUGCUGCUGGGCAGCUGGGCUUUGUUCUUCCGCCGGCCCAAGGCCUCGCUGCCCCGUGUCUUCGUGCUGCGGGCCCUGCUCAUGGUGCUCGUGUUCCUCCUUGUCGUCUCCUACUGGCUCUUCUACGGCGUUCGCAUCCUGGAUGCCCGUGAGCGCAGCUACCAGGGCGUUGUGCAGUUUGCAGUGUCGCUGGUGGAUGCACUGCUCUUUGUGCAUUACCUGGCCGUGGUCCUGCUGGAGCUACGCCAACUCCAGCCACAGUUCACACUCAAGGUUGUGCGCUCCACGGAUGGGGCCAGCCGCUUCUACAAUGUGGGCCAUCUCAGCAUCCAGCGCGUGGCAGUGUGGAUCCUGGAGAAGUAUUACCAUGACUUCCCUGUCUACAACCCUGCCCUCCUCAACCUGCCCAAGUCCGUGCUGGCCAAGAAAGUGUCUGGCUUCAAGGUGUACUCUCUUGGAGAGGAAAACAGCACUAACAACUCCACGGGCCAGUCUCGGGCUGUGAUUGCAGCAGCUGCCCGGCGGCGGGACAACAGCCACAACGAGUACUACUAUGAAGAAGCUGAGCACGAGCGCAGGGUGCGCAAGCGCAGGGCCAGGCUCGUGGUGGCCGUGGAGGAGGCCUUCACUCACAUUAAGCGACUGCAGGAAGAGGAGCAGAAGAACCCUAGAGAGGUGAUGGACCCCCGGGAGGCAGCCCAGGCCAUCUUUGCAUCCAUGGCCCGUGCCAUGCAGAAGUACCUGCGGACCACCAAGCAGCAGCCUUACCACACCAUGGAGAGCAUCUUGCAGCACCUCGAGUUCUGCAUCACGCAUGACAUGACACCCAAGGCCUUCCUGGAGCGGUAUCUAGCGGCCGGACCUACCAUCCAGUACCAUAAGGAGCGCUGGCUGGCUAAACAGUGGACACUGGUGAGCGAGGAGCCGGUGACCAAUGGGCUUAAGGAUGGCAUCGUUUUCCUCUUAAAACGCCAGGACUUCAGCCUGGUGGUUAGCACCAAGAAGGUGCCAUUCUUCAAACUCUCCGAGGAAUUUGUGGAUCCCAAGUCGCACAAGUUUGUCAUGAGGCUGCAGUCGGAGACCUCAGUGUGACUGUGCAGCAGCAGGGACUCCAGGGCUCUUGUGGGGUGGGAGGGGCCCUGGUUCUCAGGCCCCAGCCUUGUUCCCACUGCCCUUCUUCCUCUUGCUCUUGUUUUUACUUGAAUUGACUUAACUCCUCACCCUGUCUCCUCCCUCUUCUGCAUUUUACACCAUGUGAACCUGGAGAGACCUUCCUGCUGUUGGCGGUACCUGGGGGACCUGCCCUUCAUUUGUGUAUCACUCUGGGCCCUGCAGGAAUCAGUGCCUCUCUCUCUCCUUCCCCGAAGCUUUCCCCAGAUGACAGUCCUUUCUGAAAGGGCACAGGGAGCUCUAGAUUGUACCUGUCCCUCCUGAGCGCCACUCACAACCCAAUUUCUGGUAGCAUUCUCAGUUCUUGACAGGGUUGGGGGGGGAGGCACCAGUAUGACCCCAGAGAGCCCUAGUGCCAAAUUCCGCCAAGGCAGCAGCUACCUUCCUCUACCCAUAACAGACCCUGAGUUCCUGGGCAGAGGUGCUCCUGCUGCACCCGAGUUAGGACUCUCCCUGCAGCACUAGUGCUUGCAGCUGCUGUUCCCCAUGCACUCACCUUAGAGCGAGGAAAGAUCCCGUCCUUUACCCGGAAGUCUCCACCUGCCAUUUCUGAUUGCAUGGUCAUGUGUGAUCCCAGCAUUUGGAGGUGGAAGGCUUCUGACCAUUUCACCAGGGCCCUGCAGAAGGUCCAUAGGGUCAGUCUCUCCUAGACAGCUCCUAAGGAGGAGGGGACACAUCCUGAGUUGGGAGAGACCCUUGCGUUGACCCCUGCCCUCAGAACCCUCCCUGGCCUUUGCUCCCCAUGAAGGAUGGGAUGCAGACUCCUGUGUAGUCUUAGCAGUGUGCUGACCCUGACAGACGGUUUUCCUUCCUGCACCAGCCUCCCCAGGCUUGCUGACUCCUUUUGGCUCCAGAGACCUGUUGCCUCAUCUCUGUGGGGGAGGAGCCAGCUCCCCCUGUCCCCUGCCUUAAAUCCAGUUUUUUGCCUCAGGGGUCUCUUUUCCUUGGCCUUCCAGGGUCCCCUCCUCCUCUCUUUCUGCCUGGUUCUCUGGGCUCUCUGUGGGGUCAGGGACCAAGAUUAUUGCCUUCUGUGGGCACUUAGCCCCUUGUCCCAUUUUACUUCCGUGGCUUUAGUACCAAGUCCAAAUUCUCAGUAGUUUGGAUCACAUUCUGAACAAAAUUCUCUGACCCGCUAAUACAUCUUUUUGGAGUGAAUUGGAACCUUUUAACUGAAACAGCCCUAAAUUAUGUAGUUUUCACCAAGGGGACUAGAAUAGGAAACACCUGUAUACAUCCUUCUGGUUCCAUAUGGAGGACUGUUCUGGUAGGAGCCUGUGCCAGGAUCAGGCCUCCAAAUGACUCACAGUGCCCCUGAUGGGUCCUCCUUUACCCUAGAAAAUGUACUGGUACUUGCCUUGCAAAGCACACUUUGGGAUAAGCUAACCUUUGAUCUCUCCCCUGGGAGCCUGUUUCCUCACUGUAGGAGCAGCCCAGGGCUGACAUAGCCUAGCAAUUGAUCAGGGUUUUUCUACUGUCCUUUAUAAAAGGGCACCUCUGUCCACCCACAUUCACUAGCGAGGGGUGAGGGGCUCCUCAGCCCCAGCUCAGCUCACCUGGUGCCCGCAGGAAUGGCUUGCAGAGUUGAUUUAGGCAGAGGCUGGGUGAAGGUCGGCCUUGCGCUAAGGCUGGGGGAGUCUGUGGAUAGGCCUGGGUGAAAUGCAUCCUACAUUGGGCAUCCUGGGGAAACUUUAUCUUUUCAUUAACAAUCUGAUUUCAGAGGAGUCCCUACUGGGUCACAUAAAUACCUCACUAUCCUGGAGAACAGGGCCUGGAUGGUGAUUGGGGUCUUUGCCUUGGUGGGCAAGAGGGGGUGAGGUGUGGUUUGAGGAAUGGGUUGGGGUGGGCAGAAGGAAAGGAAUUGGGAUCUUAGUUGUUGCCCUAGAUUUAGGGGCGGGGGAGUGUUUAUUUUAAGAACCUGCCAUGUUUUUAAUCACUGUGAUUUUUUUCAUUCUUUUUUCCUAAAACAAGAAAAAUGUUUUCCCCCAACUCUCUCUCUCUCUCUGUAAGCACUAAGGGCUGUGACUGAGAAUGGUAGCAUUUUGGUCCUUUGCGUCAGAACUGUGGUAUCUUUGUCUUCUCUGGUUAUUAUUAUUAUUAUUAUUUUUUAAAAUGUCAGGAUGGUUCAUCCGGUGCGUGUGUGUGCGUGUGUG